AUGCCAAUAUUAUUCCAAAAUACUCCACUCCAACCUCUAACCUGUGAGAAUUAUGAAAAUUUUGUUCAAACCAAAAAGAAAGAUAUUUAUCAUUAUCCCAUUAAGAUUGUCUUACAAAGUGAUAUGAGACUUCUUUAUCCAGAUCCAAAGCUUUAUCCUGGCCGAAUCUAA